AUGCUAUCCAGUCCUAGCCUUACAUGGCAAAAACUUCAUGAUGUUUACUAUAGCAUAAGAACAUGUUACGACUCCUUGAAUUGGUCUAUCGACAACCUACAUGCCAACUAUAGGGUGGCUAUUUCCACGAAUACUACGCUUAUGGCGCUAGCGUCUCGUUCGGCAAACUAUCCGAAUGUAAUUGAUGUAUAUUCCAUCAGUGGCAAUAAGCUCUGGUCGGUGAUCUUCAAUUCCACCCCACAAGAACACAUUGUGGACUUUGCUUUCCGGGGUGAGGACCUAAUUGUUGUUCUUAGCAGUGGGAAGUAUAGACUAUACACUGACUUUCAAGGUACUUUCAACGAAUACAGCUUUACUGAGAAUCUUACGGCAUUGGGUGAUCAGAGUGACGACCCUAGUAGGGCGCCUAAGUACGUGAUCACCAACCUCGAGAAUAAUGAGACUGAAGAGGCUUUUGAUGUGGUGGAGGCUCAGGUAUGGGACCAAAUAUUGGUGCUUCGUCACAAGAACAGAAUAACCUUCUCCCGUUUAGACACUUUCCAGAAUUACGAUCUCUCCUUGGAUCACUUGGACUUGUCUCAAGUACAUUGCAUGGCGCUCAUUGCCUCUGAUAGUCAAGAAAUCGAGUUUCUACUAGGCUAUUCGAACACCAUUUACAUCAUAAAGAUCAGUCUAGCUACCCAAAUCGCAAGCUUUGAUGACCAAAAGCUCACGGACGGUCCCUUCACGAAGAUUUCGACCUCACAUGAUGGCUCAUUAAUAUCUAUUUUCAAUGCUAAAUCUUCAAAGAUUUAUGUUGUUAGAAAACUGUUCGAUAGAGUUUUGCUAGAGUAUGAUACUUCCAACGAAUCAAGCGCUCCAUUCAUGAUAGAAUGGGCUGGAAAUGAUGCCAUUAUCUUGUCUCUACGAGACGAGAUCAAAUUGGUAGGUCCAGACCAGAUCUCCAUCUCAUUCUUCUAUGAUAUCGUUGACCUGGAAGAGUUUGACUUAGACCAUUUACUUCGCGAGAAUCCAGACUCUGACCUUUCUUUCACGAUACCCAUCAUCAAGUCCGAGCCUGAUGGACUUCGGAUCAUCACACCCAAUAAAGUCGAGUUCCUUUCUCGUGUAUCUCAGUCAUCUAUCAACAUACAUCUGGUGGGCUCGUCUCAUCCGUCACAGAUCCUUCUUGAUUGUGUGGACAAACUUAAAGAACAAUCCUCGAAAGCGGACACGAACAUAUCGCUAUUAAAAAGCGAGAAGUCUCUUCGUGAGGCAAUGGCUGGCUGCUUGGAUGCGGUUUUGCAUGAAUUUGAUCCACAAUGGCAAAAAGCUAUUCUUAAAGCCGUAUCUUUUGGGAAGAUCUACGACAACGAUUAUUACAACGCAGAGGAAUACCUUGAAGUUGUUAAUAUCAUAAAGGUCCUUGAUCAGUUGAGAUCACCUGAAUACGGAAUCUUCUUGACUUAUCAAGUUGUCACUAAGAUCGGCUGGGAGAGUGUCAUCAAGAUGUUAUUGAGGAGACAUGCCCAUUUGCUUGCUCUCAAAGUAAUUGCUUUACUUCAGAUGCCAGACCUUAAUAACUUGGUGUAUUCUCACUGGUGCUGUUGCAAGAUCAGAAAGGAGCUCAAUUUAUCGGAUUUCGACCUCUUCAAGAUCGUGGCCAAGAAGUUGAUCUCCUUGGAAAAGAACACACCAGGUGAUAUGAAGAGAAACCACAUAUCUGUCAUAGACAUAUCCAAUGUUGCAUAUCAAGAAGGCAGAGUGGACUUAUGCAAACUUCUUAUAAAUCUUGAGCCAUCCAUGCUUGCGAAAAUGAAGGAGUACUUGAUGAUUGAAGAGACUGAGUUAGCGCUCGUGAAAACAUUUCAAGCUGGUGACCUUGAUCUUUGCCGCCUUUUACUUCUACAUCUUCAAGAUAGUCUCCCUAAGUUACAACUUUUCAAGAUUUUGAAUCAAAAUGAACAAAGCGGUCUCUUCAAGGAUACUCCUGCGAGACAAUUGCUUAAAGAUGAAGAGAUUAAAGUAAUCCUACAAGAUAACCUAUUUGUGAGCGGAGACUUGAUUGGAAACUUUUGGGUUCAAAAUAUUGCAAAGUACAAUGCUUCUCUUAUAGAUUCUUACUACAAACAUGAGAGUAAGUCUCUGGAAAGGAGUAUUUACAAAGUCAAGAAGUUUCUCAAAGAGAAUGAUGACACAGGUAACAACAACUAUGAGGAGGUCUUUCAAGUCCAUAAACAAAAGCUACAUUCCUUGUUAAACAAUCUGAAGUAUACUAAGCUAAUCCAAAGAGAGCUAGCAAUACUUGAACUCAAGAAGAAAUUAUCUGAAAUGUACCAGACAUCCUUUUUUGGAGCCAAGGCACUCACGGAUAUUCUUGUGAAACUUAUCAAGAUGCAUCAGAUCAAGACAGCUGGUAAAAUAGUUAAGGACCAGAAACUUCCCCAGGAAAAGCUUUGGCAUUUGGUACUCGAAGUGUACAGCAAGAUUGGUGAAUUCGAACGCCUUCAUAAAUUCCUUACGUCGAAUAGCAGCGGCGCCAAGUUGAAGUCUCCAAUAGGAAUGACAGUCAUUGCAGAGACAUGUAUUACUUAUGGGGCACCAAAAGCAUACAUUCUGGUCUAUAUCAGUUCGAUAACGGAUGCGUCCUACGACAAGAUUAUCGAGCUUUACCUCAAAAUUGGCGAUUUCAAGCAGGCAGCUCAAGAGGCUUUCAAUAAUAAGGAUGGCGUGGCUCUACAGUCCAUAUUGAAGAAAGCUCGUGGAUCUGAUGAAGACACAAUUUCUGCCAUCAAGGACUACAUUUCCCGUGUUUAG